AUGGUACAUAUUCAGUAUGAGCGUAUUAGAGAUACAGGAAACUCAGAAAGACUAGGUCGCUCUGAAACCCGGAGAUUCAAUGGGCGGCAGAGUGAAGGACCCAACGAGGAACAGAUUAAUAGCAUAGCAAUACCACCAGCCUCAACAACCAGUACACAUCACUCGCAGUUGCAGACGCGCGCCCAUAACGCCUCCUCCUCCCUCCCUCUGCAGCCGGAGGACCAAUUCAGAGACCGCCAGGACAGCAUCUGCAGCUUGGACUAUUCCGCCGCCGCCGCCCUCGCCCAGAGUGCCUCCUGCCAGCGCACAUCCCGCCCGCGCCUCAUGAAAACGCCCAACAGCCUGGGCGUGAGUAACCUGUGGCCGCGGCGUGUGUCUGCCUCCUCCCGCUCCUGUUCGGACGAGAGGAGCGAGCUGUCCGAGUUCUCCGUGCGGUCCGACAGCACCCAGAGCGAGCAGGGCCACCCAGCUGAAAUCGCCAUGCUGUCUGUCAACUCCAUCUACUCCCUGGCUGAGAGCGGGUCCUUGCCUUCGCCCGGCUCCUCUCGCCUAUCCCUGCGGUCGGAAAUCUCCCACGGGCAGUCGCUCUACGCCAGCUCGCAGCCCAUCGUCAGAUCGAACUCAACGUCGGUUCCCUGUAGUGAGAAGUCGCCCAGUUUCAGGCUUACUGUGCCAGCGGGCACGACCUACCACCUCCCGUACCUGCCCGAGCCCGUGCCCAAGCUCUCGUUCACGCAGAAACUCGCCUUCCCGACGCUCGUUCAAAAUUCCAUCGACCGCCCCAAACCACGCGACCCGUACAUGGAGGCGGAGCAUAACAUGAACACAUUCGCCAAAAUCAUCACCAUUGUGGUUCUCGCCCUCGUCACCGUGCUGGUCCUGGGCGUGCUCUAUAAGCUCCUUCAUUGA